AUGCACGUUCCAUCAGAUACAUCUGACGACCUCGACGAAUUCAACAACCUGAGUCUUGACUUUGAGGAUACGAGAGAUCGAUUGAUAAUUGCGCUUGACUUUGGGACCACGUAUAGCGGAAUCUCUUAUGCCUUCACUACCGAUCCUGAAAAGGUAUUUACAGUCGACUCCUGGCCAGGCGGUGACAGGAUUGCUCCAAAGACACCGACUCCCCUUCAGUAUGAACCAGGUUCAGAUACAAACUUCAAAUGGGGCUACGAGCUUGACCACCGGCAAGGGGAGAAGAUCGAGUGCAUCAAACUGAUGCUCGACCCCGAUCAGCCAAGGCCAUACUUCAUCCCCGUAGAUGUCCAGGCCGAAAUUGCAAAACUCCCAAAGCCUGUUGUCGAAGUGGCGAGUGACUACAUCCGUGCGAUCUUCGAGCAUGCUGUCAAAGAAAUCGAGUGCACAUUCCUGGAUCGAGAAUUCAUCGACAACUACGAUAAACAAUAUGUCCUUACAGUCCCAGCGGUGUGGUCUGACAAGGCGAAAUAUUUGACCUCGAAGGCUGCUCGAGAUGCUGGCAUCUCACCUGUACACAUGGUAACGGAGCCGGAAGCAGGAGCUUUGUUUACGUUGAAUCAAAUCAAGAACCAAGGGCUCAAGGUUCAUGAUGCAGUUGUCAUUUGUGAUGCUGGCGGUGGAACUGUUGACCUGAUCUCGUACGAGAUCCUCAACUUCGCGCCCUUUGAACUGAAAGCUAUCACCAAACCAUCUGGUAGUGUCGCUGGCAGUACCGUGAUCAAUCAGCUGCUCGAACAAGAAAUUCGACAAGUGGUUGGAGAUAAAGCCUUCGUCUCGUUGAAAAAGACUGAAGCAUACCGGAGCGCUCUGAAAGAAUUCGAUGUGGCCAUCAAAGUCGGCUUUGGUGGCAGGGAUGACAAGAACAAGUAUCUAAGCUUUCCAAGGGCAAAGCUCAAAGACAAUCCCGGAAAGGGUUUGGUCAGGGAUUCGAUGACACUGUCCGCAGGCACCAUGUUGCGGCUCUUCGAUCCCGUUAUCCGUGAGGUGAAUCGCUUGAUCGCCGAGCAGGUUAAUGCGGUCAAGAUUGAGCGUUUACAAGCCAGUCCACCCAAUCCACAUGGCGUCAAGGCGAUUUUCCUCAUUGGCGGAUUUGGAGCAAGCGCCUAUUUGAAGGAAGCGGUGCGAGAUUCGAACCCUGGGAUCACGGUAAUUCAGCCAAAGGAUGCAGGCGCGGUUUUGAGUCAAUUGACAACAUUGGCGCCCAAGGUGGUUGCGACGAAAGCCGCGAAACAUUAUGGCACAAUGGCCUACAGUCUCUGGGACCCCAUCAGAGACAGAGGUUUCGCCAAGCAUUGGAAUGAAUGGUCAGAGAAGGAGGAAUGCGACACCAUGCAUUGGUUCAUAUACAUGGAUGACGACCUACGACGCGGUGGAAAAACAAAACUCGCCUUUGUUCGACUUUUUGCAGGCCACCGUCCCCGUGGAUCGUUACUCAGAGUUCGAAAUGAACUCUAUGAGUCUACUUCACCAACGCCGCCAAAGCAUCCCGUGAGCAUUACCCUCAAUUGUGUGCUCGAGACGGAUUUGCGCGUGGUGCCCAAGAGACUGUUCAAGAAAAAGUAUCGACGUUCUGACGGAGAGCCUUACUGCCGGCUGUCAUACGAGCUGCAGGUGGAGAAUACCGAGUCCGGACUGAUGAAGUAUUCGCUAUUGAUCGAGGGCAAAGAGUAUUCUGCUGUAGAAGCCAUAUAUUGA